AUGGCGGCAUUUCUGGUGGUCGCUGCGCUGGCCGUCUGCGCCGGCGCGGCCGCCGGACAGAGACGGUACGCCGCCGUCGACAUGUCACCAGCAGGCGGUGGCGGCGCCCUCGUCCCGCGUUUCUUCAUCGACGAGCCCCGUCUCGUGGCCCGCGACGGGGCUCCUUGUCCCGCGAAUGCGCAUUCAUGCUUCCCGAACCAAUGCUGCUCCAACGAGAACUACUGCUAUGUUAAGCCGAACGGGGACCCGUGGUGCUGCCAGAUCGGCUCCAACUGCGACUCAAAAUGCUCCGCCUCGCAGUACCAAUGCACCACCGUCGUCCCCGUCACGAUAACACCUACCACCACCGGCGACCCGACGGUCACGUCCUCCACCGUGCCCGCCUGCUGCUACCGAGGCUGCCCCUCAACCUCCAACUUCCGCUGCGCAGACCAAUUCGGCGGCGGCUGCUGUCCGUACGGCAACACCUGCGCCUCCUCCAAGCAGUGCAUCCAGACCAUCUCCGCCACGCCGUCCUCCACCGCCGGCGGCCUCACCCCCGCGGACCCGGGCUGCACCGCGACCACCCAGCACGCCUGCGCCGACGGCCAGGGCUGCUGCGACGACCUCAUGCACUGCACCAGCGUCUCCGGCACCGCGGCCUGCGCGCCGGGGAACCCCACCGCCACGGACGUGACGUACGACCCGGACAGCAACGGCGGCGGCGGCGGGCUGUCAGCGGGCGCGAAGGCGGGCAUCGGCGUGGGCGUGUCUGUGGUCGGUCUCGCGCUCGUCGGCGUCUUCGCGUGGUUCUGCCUCGUCCGCCGCCGUCGUCGCCGCGGAGCGACCACCAUGACGGCCUCAUCCCAGCGCAGUGGCGGCGGCGGCGGAGGGCUGAGCAACGUCAUCGGCGGGGGAGCAGCGUCCUCGCGGCCGGGACGCAGCGCGCGCGCCAUGUCGGAAGUGACAUCCGGCUCGCGGCCGACGGCGCGCCGCGGCGCGACGCAGGAUUACUUCGGCCCGGACGCCGUGGCGGGGCCGUACACGGAGACGGAGACGGUGGCGUCCGCCGAGGGGGCGGCGACGGUCGCGUCGUCGCCGGGCCGGCACCGCGGCGUGCCGCUGCAGGCGCACUCGCCGAGCGACGUCGUGGCGCCGGUGGAGAUUGACUCGCGCGUGAAGAGGGGGGCGCCGGCCGCGGUCACGUCUGUGUCGCAGCAGGCGCUGGCUCCGUCCUCGCCGCCGACGACGGAGGGGCGGUUCGAGUUGUACGGGAGCGAGAUGCCGAGCCCGACGUCGCCGGGGAUGCCGUCGCCGCCGCUGAUGACGCCGAGCGCGAGGAGCGUUAGUAUGAUGGAGAGGUCGCCGAUCGACAGGUCGCCUGGACCGGCGCCGAGCCCGGAACCACGGCGGCGGUGA